CUGGCGCACCCGCGUCCCCGUGUACACAGUUGUUUCUGGGUACGUUUUUUAAGUGAAUGGAGAGUCCCCGUAGGUGAUUGUAAAGUGCUGACCAGUUGCCCAGUGAACAUAGUUGAAGAAGAAAAUAGGAAGAUGGCAGCAAACCCUUCAGGACAAGGUUUUCAAAACAAAAAUAGAGUUGCAAUUUUGGCAGAAUUGGACAAAGAGAAAAGAAAAUUACUAAUGCAGAACCAGUCUUCAACAAAUCAUCCUGGAGCUAGCAUUGCACUUUCGAGACCCUCACUUAAUAAGGACUUCCGGGACCAUGCCGAGCAGCAGCAUAUUGCCGCCCAACAGAAGGCAGCACUGCAGCAUGCACAUGCACAUUCAUCCGGGUACUUCAUAACGCAGGACUCCGCGUUUGGGAAUCUCAUUCUUCCUGUUUUACCUCGCCUGGACCCAGAAUGAAGAAGUUAUUCGUAAUGACAUUGACUUUGUAAUAUCAAAUGCCAAAGCUACUAUCGUUCAGUGCUAUACAAGCUGUGACUUUCAGAAUUUGGUGAACUUAUAUUUUUCACUUCUUUAAAAGAAAGGUAUGUGUAAGUGAAAGCAAA